CUGCUAUGUGUCCUGAACACUGAUUAAUAGCAGAUCACAAUGGACUGUUGUGGUGUCAUUGGUGAUGUUUUGUUGUGAGUGGGUAUAUCCCUUCACUUGUUUAGAUGCAAGUGUAGCUUGCAUGAGAGCUGUGACAUCCAUCACUGCUCAGGUCAAAGCUGCCUGAGAUGUUGUAAGGAAAGAUGAGAGGCUGUCCCACCUCUAUGUCUGUGAUACAGAAUAAGAAAAUGCCACAUUAAACUCUGAAAUCUUCAGAUCUAGAUGUAACAUUGAGUAUUUUCUCAUGUAGUAGUAAAGAUUAAGCCUGGUUUUGGUAGGAAUGUGUUAAUGUGCAGCUCAUCUGAAACUAACCUUCCAGUUUGAUACAUUUCUCAGAUAUCCUUCCUUUUCCCAAAUAAGAGAGUAGCUGAAAUUUUAGUUCUAAAGUUCUAAAAAAAACUUUUAACCCUGUGUGCAACAGUACCUAACUUGCAAAAAAGUCAUUUAAGAUGGAGCAGAGAAGCUGAAGUGAGGAUCCAUGCUCUCUGAACAUGGAGGUUUUGUAUCUCAGAUGAUAUAAUUAAACUGAACAAGAAAGAAGAGAGAAAGCAAUAUUCUCCCAAAAUGAAAAGAGAGCUUCAGCAGAAUCAAACUCGACAGUUCAGGGCACCAGGCUCUAAGUGGGGAAUCCAACAGCAGAAAGGUUAUGGUAUAAAUCGUUUGGGAUGCAGAAAGAAGAUAGCAGGGAAGAAGCGUUCUUACGGUGUUGUAACUGGCUUGGCAGCCAAGAAAGCAAUGAGUUCACGCAAAGGAAUUAGUCCUCUGAACAGACAGCCACUUAGUGAGAAGAAUGCACAGCGGUAUUAUCCAGUUCUGAAAAAGAAAACAAACCUGCGGAGACAAUCUGAAAUGCAGAGAAAACAAGCUCCAGCCCUGAGGAGGCAUGCCCUGCUAAACAGAAGGAAUAAUGCGUUGUCAGCUUUUGCCAGAAUUGGAAACAAACUAAAUCAGCAGAAAGAGACUCGUCAAGCAACUUUCCUGUUUAGAAGGGGCCUGAAGGUACAAACCCAAGUGCAGUCAACAGGUGAUCUUGAUAAUCAGACAGUAAAGAGGACUCGUCAAUGGCGAACUUCGACCACAACUGGAGGGAUUCUGACUGUGUCUAUUGACAACCCAGGAGCUAUCAUAACCCCAAUUUCCUCAAAAUUACGAUUAACUCGUACUCCUGUGCCGCCAUUUCUGAUGAAGAGGGACCAAUCUGAAGAGAAGAAGAUUCCCAAAGGGGUUCCAUUGCAGUUUGAUAUUAAUAGUGUUGGAAAGCAGACAGGGAUGACAUUGAAUGAACGUUUUGGAAUCCUGAAGGAACAGAGAACAGCACUGUCUCAGAACAAAGGGAGCCGUUUUGUAACAGUGGGCUAACGUGUCAGAUGGACUUGAGCACUGAUCCCACCUACCUAAGAAACAGAUAAAAGUGGGCAGAAGAAUACAGCACACAUCACUGAAAUUCUCUGGACAUCAUGCUGAGAUGGUGGCAAGAGCUUUCUCUCUUUAUUACUUUGAAUAGUAAAAGACAUACUGUCCUGCGAGGGGGGAAAGUGGGGAAACUGAUCUGCUGGAGUGGCACCAUCACCUGGCUGGAAAGAUUCUGUGGCCCAGCUGAUAACAAACACUGAUUUUGGUUCUUGUAACCAAAAUAUGCAAAUCUUAAAAGCUUUUUGGUUUUUUUGUUUGUUUGUUUUUUGGGGUUGUGGGGUUUUUUGUUAUUGUUGUUUUUGUUUGGAUUUUCUUUUUGGUUUUAUUUUUUAUUUAGGAGUGCUCAGUAUCUAUUCUUUGACCCCUCUGUCACAAGAAAGAUUGUAUAUUUCAUUACAAACCCCAUUUUAGGGUUUUUAAGGACUGCUUAUAAACUUCCCUGUGGGCUAAAGUUUGGCACAGAGCCUCAGUCUAUGAAUACUUUGGUAGUGAUGUAGUGGCAUUUUUUGAUGGGAGCAUUGGUUGGAUUUCUUUGUGUUUGUGAAGUUCAGUUUUUUCCUUUCUUGAAAGCUACAUGUUUUGCAUCUUCACUUUCACAAAUAAAGGUGUUAGUUGAGAUAUCCAAAAUAUGAAAUUGGGAUGGAGACUAUUCUACUCUUAUCCUUAAAAGUGGUCCAGGUUGCAGUGGAGGAAUACUGCACAGGCAGUGUGAGAGUAAUUUAUAUUACAAAUAGCUCAAUCUCAUUAUCCUCCUCUGUAAAUGGAGCAUGUCUGUCUCCUAUUUUUUCUUAAACUUUAGCUGUUUCUUUAUGUAAGCUUUUUCACAAGUUUAAUGCAAUAACUUUGGAAUUUUGAAUAAUUCCAUAGGAAUAAAUGCAACUGUGCACCAGAAAGCCAUUGGUAUGGCAGAAUUCCUCAUCCUCCCCAGACACAGGAUUCUCAUUUUGCAUUCCUUGCCCCAGAGGGUUUUCUCUGGCUCUUGGAAAUAGCCAGAGGCAAGCAAUUUAAUGGCACUUGUUUGUGUAUACCAAAGAGAGGAAAGAUGCAAAGCUGAUCUGAAGUGGUCAGACUAUCUUAAAAUUGUCUGGUACUGGGGAAUGUUGCUGGGAGAAAGCCUUCAGUUUGCCAGCACAUGCAAGGCAUUAAGCCAGGAGCAUGUAGUUGUUGCUUUAGCUUUGUGCAUCAUGAUCUGCAGGAUGGUAACAACUGGGGCAUCCUCAAUCUGAAUUUUUAUGAUCCAUAAAACUGAGGCACCUGUUCAGAAUUGCUUCCAGUUCAGGAACUUAGCAGUGUUCUAUAGCAAUGAGAUUUAGGUACAGUUAGGCAAAAGAACAACUGGCUUGCUGCAUCCAGAAAUGUUUGGUGUUUGAAGUGGGUUUAAUUCCUUUUAUUGUUCUUCAGGAACUUAUAUUUGCCUUCUUAGAGUUGGUUUCCAUGCAUUUUUGUCUCAAAUUCAAGUUAACUGGCAUUUACCAGGAACUUCAAUGUUGAAGAAUAUUUGACAUUAGAAGGGCUUUUGUAUAGCAGUUUUAAAGUCAAGAGUGCAUCCUGAUACUAUAGAGUAAAUACUUAUUUUUAAUGUUGAAAAAUAUACCUUAGCAGAAACAAACUAAUCAUAGUGGCAUUAAGGGUUGGUUGUUGGUUUGUUUUUUUUCUCUUAAUUACUAGUAGGAAAUUGGAGGUUUUGGAAAAUAUGUCCCACUUAGAAUUGGAGUAGAUAAAGUGUUGUCAGUCACCCUGUUUCAGUGUAUACAUUCUUUGACGUGCCAGGAUGCAAUGAAAAUAACAUUCUUUUGCAUCAACAUAGAUGCAAAACACUGAUGCAAUGCAUCAAAAAAUGCUAGUUUGUAUUUAAUGAGAAGAUGCGUUACACUAUACCUUUUGGUAUUUUUCAGAGAAGUUAUUACAUUGGAUCUAUUCUGAAGCUGUUAAUUUUUUUCUUUUUUUUUUUAAUAAAAAGUUACAGGUUUCAUA